CGAUCCCGACAGCCCUAGCGGCUAGAAGGGUUACGUGAGGGUGGGCGGCGGAGCUGGAGGCUUGACUUUGUUGUCUCUUCAUCUCUAUGGUUUUCAGAGGUGCGCGGCUUUGACGGAGAAGCAGCUAAAGUUCCGCUGAGGACGGGAUGUUUCGUCUUAACUCACUUUCUGCAUUGGCAGAACUGGCAGUAGUGGGCUCUCGCUGGUACCAUGGAGGAUCACAGCCUACCCAGAUGAGGCGGCGGCUAAUGGUGGUGGCUUUUCUUGGUGCAUCUGCAGUAACUGCAAGUACUGGUCUCUUGUGGAAGAGGGCCCUUGCAGAAUCUCCACCAUCUGUAAACAACCUGAAGAGUGAACUUGGUGACAAAGGGAAGAGUAAGGAUGAAGGGGAAGAUUGUAAUGAUGAAAAAAAGGCUGCAGGUACUUGUCUUGAGCCCUAUCCAGAAGAGAAAAAGAAGAAACGCUCUGGAUUCAGAGACCGAAAAGUGAUGGAGUAUGAGAAUAGGAUUCGCGCAUAUUCUACACCAGACAAAAUCUUCCGGUAUUUUGCCACCUUAAAAGUAAUCAGUGAACAUGGUGAAUCUGAAGUUUUUAUGACACCACAAGACUUUGUGCGAUCCAUAACACCUAAUGAAAAACAACCAGAACACUUGGGUCUGGAUCAAUUUAUAAUAAAACGUUUUGAUGGAAAGGAUUUCUGGCAGACCGAGAAAAUUGCCCAGGAACGAGAAAAAUUUGCUGACGAAGGCAGUAUAUUUUACACCCUUGGAGAAUGUGGACUCAUAUCCUUUUCAGACUAUAUUUUCCUAACAACUGUUCUUUCUACUCCUCAGAGAAAUUUUGAGAUUGCCUUCAAGAUGUUUGACUUGAAUGGAGAUGGAGAAGUAGACAUGGAGGAAUUUGAACAGGUUCAAAGCAUCAUUCGCUCCCAAACCAGCAUGGGAAUGCGUCACAGAGAUCGUUCUACUACUGGUAACACCCUCAAGUCUGGCUUGUGUUCAGCCCUCACAACCUACUUUUUUGGACCUGAUCUCAAGGGGAAGCUGACAAUCAAAAACUUCCUUGAAUUUCAGCGUAAACUUCAGCACGAUGUUCUGAAGCUAGAGUUUGAACGCCACGACCCUGUGGAUGGGAGAAUCACUGAGAGGCAGUUUGGUGGCAUGCUGCUGGCCUACAGUGGGGUGCAGUCCAAGAAGCUGACUGCCAUGCAGAAGCAGCUCAAGAAGCACUUCAAAGAGGGAAAGGGUCUGACGUUUCAGGAAGUGGAGAACUUCUUUACCUUCCUAAAGAAUAUUAAUGAUGUAGACACUGCAUUGAGCUUUUACCAUAUGGCUGGGGCAUCUCUAGAUAAAGUGACCAUGCAGCAGGUGGCCAGGACCGUGGCUAAAGUGGAACUCUCAGACCACGUGUGCGAUGUGGUAUUUGCACUCUUUGACUGUGACGGCAAUGGAGAGCUGAGCAAUAAGGAAUUUGUCUCCAUCAUGAAGCAACGGCUGAUGAGAGGCCUGGAGAAGCCCAAAGACAUGGGCUUCACCCGCCUCAUGCAGGCCAUGUGGAAAUGCGCACAGGAAACGGCCUGGGACUUCGCUUUGCCCAAACAGUAACCCCACACUGCCCAGGGGGCCACCUCUCCACCCCCGAGCCGAGCCUUGGCACAGCCUUCCCUGCCGCUCCUUCUGGAAGUAGUGCUCCUCCCUCCGGGGGAUGAUCUCAGGAUUCCUCGGGUUUCCCCAGUCCCAGUGUUCUGCUAGGCUCUGAUUCCGAACCAGUGAUUCUCCCUGUAAGUGUUCAGAAACAUGAGCAAGUCCUGAAAGCGCAGGCCUUCAGCACGUUCAACAGCUCCACCCAUUCAAGCACCCACCCUACGGAUAAGGCAUGCAGGGAACUCUCCACUAACUGCCAGGCCUGGGAGACACCCAGGGCUGGAGUCAUUGCGCUGUGGAUUUAUGUUAACAAGAACAUUCCUUGCUUCUCCUCUUGCUGGUGUUUUUUAAGCUACAAGUUGGGAGAACUUCUGGCAGGCAAAAGGAAAUCACGGCUGAACGAUAACAAAGAUGACCUGAGCACGGGAGCUGGUGGGAGGCCUGGGCCAGACGAAGGAUUCGUGUCAGUCCCCAGGGUAGCUCUGAGGCCUGGCCCAGAAGGCGAUGUGCACGGUGGGAAUGGAGCAAGAUUUGGAAUGUAAAGCAGCUGCUUCAUGGCUUUCUCCACUCCUGGCUUUCCCUCUCAGGCUCCCUAAGGAAACUCCCCCACAACUGAGCUUAGUAAAGAGCAGCAGAGGUUGAGCUCCUGUUCCCUGCAAGUGCCACGUUCCCUCCAGGCAUGUGUCUCUGGAGCUGGAGCCUGGCUCACAGCCUUUCUGCCCUUGUCUUAAACACUUGUAAAAUAUCACUUUAAUUAUAGCAGUUUGCAAUAA